AUGGCGGAGCAAGACCGCAAUGGGCGGGCGGCGGCGGCAGAGUCGUCGGUGCCGUUGCUGGAGAAGAAGGCGGACGGCGUGCUGUACGUGGAGGGCUGCCCCGGGUGCGCGGUGGACCGGCGGAAGGCGGCCAACCCGGGCAUCCCCUACGGCACCUUCAUCUACGUCUGGACCGUCACCCUCUGCACCGCUUUACCAAUAUCGUCACUGUUCCCCUUCUUGUAUUUCAUGAUAAGAGACUUGCAUGUUGCAAAAAGAACAGAAGAUAUUGGGUUCUAUGCUGGGUUUGUAGGUGCUUCUUUUAUGUUUGGUAGAUGUUUGACUUCAACUCUUUGGGGAAUAGCAGCAGAUCGUAUUGGGAGGAAGCCUGUUGUUGUGUUUGGCAUUCUCUCUGUGGUGAUAUUUAAUACUUUGUUUGGGCUUAGCGUCACCUAUUGGAUGGCAAUAGCUACAAGGUUUCUCCUUGGCGCUUUAAAUGGCUUACUUGGACCAAUGAAGGCUUAUGCUAUUGAAGUUUGCCGACCUGAACAUGAACCUCUAGCACUAUCACUUGUCAGCACGGCAUGGGGAAUAGGUCUCAUCAUUGGUCCUGCUCUUGGAGGCUACCUUGCACUGCCUGCAGAGAAAUACCCAAAUAUAUUUUCACCUGACUCAUUAUUUGGAAGGUUCCCGUACUUCUUACCAUGCUUGUGCACAUCAGUCUUUGCUGCCAUUGUUCUGAUAAGCUGCAUAUGGAUGCCGGAGACGUUACACAAGCAUAAAGUCAGUGAUGAUGGAAAUCAAAGUGUUGAAGCUUUGGAGGCCCAUCUGAUUGAUCCAAAAGAGGAGGUUGGACAAAGUAAUAGUUCGAAUACCAAGAAGAGCUUAUUCAAGAAUUGGCCAUUGAUGUCAUCUAUAAUUGUUUAUUGCGUCUUCUCCUUCCACGAUAUGGCUUAUACAGAGGUGUUCUCUCUAUGGGCUGAAAGUGACAGGAAGUAUGGUGGACUGAGUUUAUCAUCUGAAGAUGUAGGUCAAACACUUGCAAUUACAGGUGCCAGUCUUCUUGUGUAUCAACUAUUUAUGUACCCAUCCAUCAUUAAAGUUCUUGGACCUAUCAAAUCUUCUCAGAUCGCAGCUGUUCUGUGCAUACCUAUUCUCUUUGCCUACCCCUAUAUGACGUACCUGUCAGGACCUGGAUUAUCGAUCGUACUGAAUAUUGCAUCAGUCAUAAAAAAUAAUCUUGGUGUUACCAUCAUCACAGGCACUUUCAUCCUUCAAAACAAUGCCGUGCCUCAGAACCAAAGAGGAGCAGCAAAUGGAUUAGCCAUGACUGGAAUGUCCUUUUUCAAGGCAGUUGCCCCUGCAGGUGCCGGCAUUGUGUUCUCGUGGGCGCAGAAACGCCAGCAUGCUUUCUUCUUUCCAGGUGAUCAGAUGGUGUUCUUUCUACUGAACAUCAUCGAGCUCCUUGGACUUGUCCUCACAUUCAGACCCUUCCUGGCCGUGCCAGAGCAGUAUGAAAGAAAUUAG